AUGCCCUACUCACUGCGAGGUCGCAAUGUUCUGAUCACCGGUGGCUCGCGUGGCCUGGGUGCACUCGUCGCCGAGAAGUUUGCCAGCGAGGGGAGCAACGUCGCCAUCAAUUACAUGUCGAGCAAGGAGACGGCGGAGAAAGUCGCCUCCGAUCUCGCAGCCAAGCACAAUGUGAAGACUAUUGUCAUUCAGGGUGACGCCGGGGUUAAAGAGGACUGCGUCAACGCCGUCAAGUCGACCAUCGAGCAAUUCGGCGGUUUGGACAUUGUUAUCUCAAAUGCUGGCUGGACGAAAAUGACCAAUUUCGGUGAUCUCGACGCAAUGGAUGACGACGACUGGGAUAAGUGCUGGACCGUCAAUGUCAAGAGCAGUUUCUGGCUGUUCAAGGCUGCUAUGCCCACCUUCAAUGCCAAUCCCGAGGGAGGUGCUUUCAUCAUUACCUCCUCGACUGCUGGCGUCGCCCCAAGUGGUAGCAGCUUGCCAUAUGCCGUGACAAAGGCCGCCGUCAUCCACCUCAUGAAAUGCCUUGCUCAAACCCAGGGCUCCAAGGCCCGAGUCAAUGCGGUCCUGCCGGGUCUAUUGAUGACCGAAUGGGGUCAACGCUUUCCGCCUGAGAAGCAGAAGGCCGUUCUCGAAAAAACUACCCUGAAACGUUUUGCCGAGGUUGAAGACGUCGCCGAUAUGUACACCACGAUUGCUAAGAACGCCUCCAUGACCGGACAUGCAGUGCAGAUUGAUUCGGGCAUGGUGAUUAGAUAG